AUGGGAUUCCGUUGUGGAUUCCUCGGUCUGCUGCACAUGGACGUCAUUCUCCAGCGUUUGGAACAAGAGUACGGUCAGGUCGUCAUUGCAACGCCACCCACCGUUCCCUACAAGGUGUUUAUGAGAGACGGCUCAGAGAAGCUAAUCUCUAAUCCCGCUGAAUAUCCAGCGAGUGAAUUCAUCUUGCGAACAGAGGAGCCCAUGAUCAUCGGAAAGAUUGUCGCGCCCAACGAGUAUUUCGGUGGUGUACUCAAACUUUGUAUCGAUCACCGUGGUGUGCAGGUCGACCACGAAUCACUCGAAGGUGGUCGUAUGAAGCUAUCGUUUCAAUUCCCGCUCUCUGAGAUUAUCACUGAUUUCUUUGAUAAUCUCAAGCGAAUCUCAAGUGGCUAUGCGUCGCUCGACUACGAGGACAACGGCUAUGCGACUGCCGACGUCGUCAAGGUCAAGGUGAUGUUGAACGGCGAGGAAGUAGACUCUUUAUCAUCGAUUGUACAUAAAACUAGAGCGGCACCGCACGCUCGUUCGCUAGUAAAGCGUCUCAAGAAGAUCAUCGACCGACAGAUGUUUGCCGUUGCCAUUCAGGCUGCCGUUGGAAACGAUGUGCUCGCUCGAGAGAACAUCUCGGCGAUGCGUAAAGACGUCACUGCAAAGUGUUACGGUGGUGACAUCACACGUCGAAGAAAGCUGCUCGACAAACAAAAAGAAGGUAAAAAGAGAAUGAAACAAAUGGGUUGUGUAGAGUUAUCACAAGAAGGUUUUUUGAAACUAAUGAAAAAUACUGAAGAUGAUGAUUGA